AGCGGCGCAGUAUAUAUUUCAAUAUAUAUUGAGUGCAGUUACUUACAUACAACCGUAACAUCUUCAUUCGAAAGGACUGUCUUAAGCUAAAAAUUAUCAUAAUAGAGCGCACACAUCCUAGUUUCUUGGAGCUUUCGAUAAAUGAAAUUCUAUGCUAAAAAGGGACGUCACUUGCGGGAAAACUUUGUUGCCCUUUUUUAGUUCGAAACAGAGUGCUGUAGUGUAAGGUGAAAUCUUUCUUUCCGUUUGUUCACGCGUCUGACAUUUUUGCGUAAACUGCACUUAUUCUACGUUGCUAAGUAUUUAUUAUGUCUACUUACUUCUUUCUAUUAUCUAACCAUAAAGGAUGCGCCAAGCUCAACUAUCCAUGAUGCUGAAUAGGCGAACCAUUAAUCGACAAUAAAGCCGAACAUUCCCGGGGGUGUUGUUUGUGGGACGGAGGGAAGUGGACACCUUAGCCCGAUAUAUUACGAUGUGACUCAACCCAAUGGAACCGUCGCCAAGAAGUGCCCCUAACAACGAUUGAUGCAAUUGCGUCAACAAAUGGGCGUGGUAUGCUAAAAGUUGUAACGUGUCCCGUUUUCCCUUAAGCUUUCUGACGAUAUCCAAAAAUGGAUUAUAUUAUGGAUAGCUUUAAAAGGCCUAUUGUCAUUUCCGCUUGGAAAGCACAUUAUUUCUAAAAGAUAACAGAAGUAGCGUUUAGCGAUGGUCAAUAUUUUGAAUAGUAGAUGGGCACCUAUAUUUUUUAUAAAAUCUAUGGUCGUCUUUAUAACGUUGUCGCGCCGAUAGAAGUGCAAAACUGCAAAGGUUAGAAGACAGUGUAGUCAAUUACAAGUGAUCGGGUAGACGCGGUCUUCAGAAGUCUCACAGGCGUCAUCACCCAUAAGCUUGAAACGGCUUAUUUGUUACAAGAUUGUUCGAAUUCGAGAACUGUGUGCAUAGGUUCAAAUGUUAAUGCGGUAGAGCAUACUUGGCCGUAGCUAUAAGUGACGUACUCAGUCGCUAAACGCCUAGCACCUACCAAUCGGGUAUAUCACCCAUUUGGCUGUGGCUAAAUAUUUAUCUCUUUCUCUCCUUCUCCUUUUUAAGUACCACCGUGUCACAUUGUCACUUCCUAUCCACUUCCCUUUCUCCAUUUCUUUAUGACCGCUGCUGUGUUAUACGUAUAGGAGGCAUUCCGCAAAUCAUUGGAAAAAUUAAAAUAUAUAUAUAUACAUAUAUGUAUUGCUGCUUGGGAUUAUGGAAAACAGAAAUUUUGACGAUAACGUCUUUGGCGAUUUUUGAUUAAACCCCAAAUCCCGAAAAAUGUAAGAAAUUCGUUGGCAUGGCUGAGACUACUACUUUUUUUUCUAACAGGGAGGAGAAGGUUAGAACUUCUACGGCUUUUGGAUGCAGUAGUUUCAAGAAGGCGAUGAAAAUGGGCAAACAUGGUAACUGGCACAACAGUCGAACAUUGUAUGAGGCCUGUUCGUUUCAUAAGAUGAACGAUAGUUUUCUUGAACGAUAUAAUAUAAUUGUGUAGCAUUGUUAAGGUUUCUUUUCACACGCAUGCAAAUCUUACAUUCCAAUGUUUCAGAAUUUGAAGACAAAAACCCGACCCCCCCUCCCCGCUUCAUGAACGGAAAUCGAUUUCGGUUUAGGUAAAGUUUAAGUUACAUAUUUGAAAUAUUGUUAAAACAAUAAUCGAUUUUACAAAUUAUGACCAUAAAGACGUUAUUACUGUAUAACGGUUUUUAAAGAAAGAUUAAGCAAUCGGCUGAUACAUCAUAGCAACGAAGCAUGCAACCAAUAAGCACACCUGACAUCAAAAUUGACAUUGCACUUACACACCUGCAAUACGAUUUUAUAGGACAAAUUAUAUUGUUUAUGAUUUCUUCUAACCAGUAGUCUUCUUCUUCUUCUUCUUUUUUGAUUAUUUAAAAGAAAAAAAAAAAAAAAAGAAAAACAAUAAAUGAUACUUGAAGGAAAUGUGUGCAUUGCUUACGUACAUAAAUGUAAUUAAAUUAAAGAUUGGUUAGAUAUAAUGAAAACUCCCCUAUGCUAUGGCCAUAAGUAUUGAUGUCACUAUUACCUGAUUAGGAUGAUGACGAUGCUAUACAAGUAUAGUUUUUGAUUUGGUUUACUAUAAAGUUUUUUUUUCUUUUUCUUCUUUGUUUUUAAAUAAUUUUUCGGUUGAUUUGUUGCAUUUACGAGUAUGCAAACGUGUAUGAGUUAAAUUUUAAUGAAAACCCCCCCAACAAUAUGCAGAGCUUCCCGUUUAUAUUCUCUCUUAUUGCUAAGAGUCAAAAACCUAAACAUAAGACAUAGCAGCCGCCUGCUGCUGCUGGUGCUGGUGCUGCUGUUGCUGUUGCUAUUGCUAUAGAUCGAUCAAAAACGACGAAAAAAGGAAAAUGAAAUACAGAGAGCUUUCUGUUGCAAAACCGCACCGCACAGCAUUGGCAAACAGUUGGCUGCUAUGCAGCAGCUUUGGAUUUUUUUUGUUUAGGAAAAAAAAACAAACCAGCUGGUUAACGGCGCUCCAACAAACAACACGCUGCUCAUGCGCAUUCAGACUUCUUUGAGACUUGACUCAAGAAGAUAUCAAGGAAGUCAUUGGAUACUUUUAAAAGUUGUACGCAACUGAUGUUAUUAUCAAGUUUAUUUUUAUGCUUAGGCAUCAGUUUAAUGAAAUGUAGCAUAUUUACAAGCAACGUUAUUGAAAGCACGCGUGCUACAUGCAAUUUUGUAAAGCGGCACAACAUCCAACUAUUUAAACAGGUAUUCAACGCAGCAAUUACAUUUAAGCCAGCGCGACAGAGAUCGCAACGCAACAGAAACCAAAUAGAGACUAAUAACCGCAUCAAUAUAAAAUCGUAAAAGAAAUAGAAAGAGCAAACAAGAGAAAGAAAUAAAAAAUCCGAUCCUCAAGCAUAUACUAUUAUUGAUUAAAUACAUCCCGUAAAGACGGGUAUGUAGUAUUUAUUAUAAGUUCCUCAAAUUGUUGCAUUUAAUAGUAAAUGAACAUUAACAAUAAAGAAAGAUUAGCAAUUGCACGAGAUAUCUGCAACUGGUACUGCGUAGCCGUCAUAGCAGCGAAUCAAUGUGGAAAGAAAAGUCGCGGAGAAAAACAAAGUUAACAACAAAGACCGGCAAAAUUUCAAUGUUUCCGAUAAACCUUUAAAGCAACUAACGGUGUUUCCGAAAAUUUAACCGAAUACCGUAUCAAACAGAAUUUCUUUUAAGCUUUAUGUAAAAUGCCAGGUACCAUACAAUGCGGUCUAUGGUUCCUGAUAGCAAUAUUCAGUUUACUCUCGACUCAAGCUCACGACAAAGCUGCGCUAAAGACGUUAGUAAGCCCGCUACAGCGUACUGGAACACCGAUUACGUUACUUGAGCAAUCUUUAACUCAAAAAUUAGUAAUGACUAAAGAUCACCCGAAACGGAGAACAAAUGCGGACUUAAUGCCGCACCUUUACACUAACACGGCACAUAAUUUAUAUGCUCCCCAUCAAAGUUUCUCAAAAAAAGACGCUAUUAAUUUCUCUAAUGUGCAUCAUCGAGCCGAUGGAUCAGCGUUUCAAACAUUUGGCUCGUUUCGAGAAAGCCGAAAUUCCAAGCAAACGAUUAAACCAAUUCAAGCUCAUCGACGAUCUGAUUCUGCUAACGUGGAAAUUAUAGCGGCACCCGCGGUUGAACUUCCUAUUAAUCCCCUUAUCACUAUACCAAAACGUAUAGUUCCGUCAACAUUUGAAAAUACAACCAAACUUGUCUCUCAUCGUAACUAUCAAUAUAUUCCCCUUCAGAAAGAUUUUUUAAGUCAUUUACUGGUAGAACUUAGGCCUAAAAAUAAUUGCACACCCGAUAAUCGCGAUACAACUGACGAAAGAAACACCUUAAGCGAGAGUACCUUCGGUGGUGUCGGACAGCAUUCCUCAUUUCAGCAAUCCUCAACUGAGCGUUACGAUCGAAGCGAAGAAACGAGCAGUAGUCGACGAAGUGGUUUUCAAUUUACCAGUCACACGCUUAGCCCGCAGAAUAAUUUUCAACCGCAAGCUUAUCGCGAAGAUAAUCCGGUCUUUAGUGAUACGCCCGGAUUUGAGCAUGCCUACGAUGAGGAGAUGCUAGGAACUCAUGCAGAAAAAGAAAAACUUUCAGCACGCCAAUCAAUAUUCGAAUCUGAAGCGAAUCCGGCUUCGUAUUCCUAUGAGUUUUCACCGUUGCCCAGCUCGUUACACAGCCUCAGUCCUGUUAUCGCUUUGGGGAAACAAUAUCGCGAGGAUGUAACUAAAUUUGGAGAUAUUAAUGGACCAAUAACUACAUUAUCUCAAAGACCGCAAAGAGGAGUUUACUUUCCGGAUACGGAUUUGCGGCCGGCAAAUAAUUAUUCACCGCAUAAAAUGUUUAAUGAGUAUAUGGGAUCUCAUGAUUCUCCGGGCUCGAGAAAAAGUCGUUAUUAUCCAUAUAAAUCAUCGAGAAAUCCUCGAGUAAUAUUCCCUACUAACGAUAAUAUUGGCACCACUGGUCCCAGCGGUCCAGCAUCUGGUUUGUACUUUAACGAUAAUGUCGUAUUCAGAGAUCAAAAUUUUGGACUUAACGAAUUGGCAGCGAUUCAGGAUGUCCGCAACGAGUUCACUUUACAGGAUUUGGACAGUACUUCAGAGAGCAGUUCCCCAUUGGCAGUCCAAUCGGUUAACACGUUCAAGGAGAAGGCUGACAUAACAAGUGAACUGGUAUGCCAGCAUCGGGGCGGCACUUGUGAAUUUUUCAUAAGUUGCUGGAUGACUAAUGGUCUUCUAAAGGGCACUUGCAGCGGCCUGCUACGUGGUUGCUGUCAUCGUACAGCGAAAUCAGCGAAUUUACGCACUUCGGACUUUGUUGGCAACACAAUCGAUUUGACUGAUCUUCCGCAAAAGAACUUUGGACCCGUGAAAAAUGAUCCCAGUUGUGGCAUAUCACUGGCCAAGCAAACCGCUCAGAGGCGCAUAGUAGGUGGAGAUGAUGCUGGAUUUGGAUCAUUUCCUUGGCAAGCCUAUAUACGCAUCGGUUCAUCCAGGUGCGGCGGUUCUCUUAUAUCUCGACGCCAUGUUGUUACCGCUGGCCAUUGUGUGGCUCGAGCCACACCACGUCAAGUUCACGUGACUUUGGGCGAUUAUGUUAUCAAUUCGGCAGUCGAGCCCUUGCCAGCUUACACUUUCGGCGUUCGACGUAUCGAUGUGCAUCCGUAUUUUAAAUUUACUCCGCAAGCUGAUCGCUUCGAUGUUUCUGUUCUGACUCUUGAACGUAUUGUUCAUUUUAUGCCUCACAUUGCUCCUAUAUGUUUGCCUGAAAAAAAUGAAGAUUUCUUGGGGAAAUUUGGUUGGGCAGCUGGCUGGGGUGCCUUAAAUCCUGGCUCUCGUCUACGACCGAAAACUUUGCAGACUGUUGACGUUCCCGUUAUUGAAAAUCGAGUAUGCGAGAGAUGGCAUCGACAAAAUGGCAUCAAUGUCGUCAUAUAUCCUGAGAUGAUGUGCGCUGGUUAUCGUAAUGGGGGAAAAGAUUCAUGUCAAGGCGAUUCUGGCGGUCCUCUUAUGCAUGAGAAAAACGGUCGCUGGUAUCUAAUAGGUAUUGUUUCGGCCGGUUAUUCCUGUGCAUCACGGGGCCAACCUGGUAUCUAUCAUCGCGUUCCUUUUACGGUCGAUUGGAUCUCCUAUGUUGUCAGUUUAACCGGAAAUCUUUAACGUACAACAGCACACAACCACAGUCCCAACUCUACUUUCCAGCAUUCUCUUGUAAAUAUAUAAAGCAUUUUCGUGAACAUUACUUUUGCUUUUACAAAAAAACAAAAGUCGAUGUGUUACUCUCAUCUUAGUGUGAAAUCAUUAUAUAUUAAGCCUUUUAUUUAUUAAAGACAAUUUCAAAACGUGUUAUAUUAAUAUAUAUUA